GUGAAAGACACAGGGAUUUCGAGAAUUUCCACCCGGUUGCCUGCUGAUAAUAUUAUUGAAUUUGAGUGAUUUCCCCGAAUGCAGACAUAAUGGCUGGAAACUUUUGGCAAAGCUCACAUUAUCAACAGUGGGUAUUGGACAAACAAGAUAUACAGAGAUUCAGACAACAUGAUCUCAAAGUCUUGACAGAGGAGGAGUACCAGAAAAUCAUGAUAUUUUUCGCUAAUUUUAUUCAGGCUUUAGGAGAACAGCUGAAAGUUCGUCAGCAAGUUAUAGCAACAGCUACGGUUUAUUUCAAAAGGUUUUAUUCCAGGAAUUCCCUCAAGUGUAUCGACCCCUGGCUGAUGGCACCAACAUGUAUCUUUCUCGCAUCUAAAGUUGAGGAGUUCGGUGUUAUUUCAAACAGUAGGCUUAUCACAACAUGUCAGUCUGUGGUUAAAGGGAAGUUUUCUCAUGCCUACAGCCAGGAAUAUCCGUACAGAAUACAGAAUGUCCUAGAGUGUGAAUUCUACCUCUUAGAAAUGAUGGACUGCUGCCUGGUGCUCUACCAUCCUUAUAGACCCCUCCUGCAGUACGUGGCAGACCUGGGCGGAGAUGACAGUCUGUUACCUCAUGCCUGGCGUAUUGUGAACGAUAGUCUCCGUACAGAUGUCUGUCUCAUGUUUCCCCCUUAUUUAACAGCUCUCGCCUGCCUUCAUAUAGCGUGUGUUAUUCACCAGAAGGAUGCCAAGCAGUGGUUCGCAGAAUUAUCCGUGGAUAUGGACAAGAUUCUAGAAAUAACCCGACAGAUUUUGGCUCUUUAUGAAAUGUGGAAGAAUUAUGAAGAAAAGAAGGACAUUUUAGGCAUUCUAGAAAAAAUGCCAAAGCCGAGAACCAAUCCAUCUAGGUAACCAUGACAACUAUAAAAAAAGUAGGACAUCAGAAGUAUUUCGUUGGAGGAGGUCAAUUCACGUUUCCUGAUGACCUGGCAACAGCCAUUGAUGGCCGAGGAGACAGUGUUUUUCUGUGACGCAUGCUUAGUGGUACAGUACUGUCUUGGCUGCUAACGUAGUCACUAGAGCACCAUGUUGCUGCAUUGAAGUGCUGUGUGCCAGCUCACGAUGGUUAAAAACAACACAUAUUGUAAACAGUAUUGUAAUCAAUCUGAUAGCCCUCGUUGGUCGAAGCAGUUACAGUGGCGCUUUCAGAAUGUACGUGAUAUAUAUAUACCAAAGCCAUGAUUUCCAAAAAGAAAUUACAAAGGCACUUUCAGAAUGUGUAUGAUAUAUCCAGCAAAGCCAUGAUUUCCACAAAGAAA